AUGUUUCUUUUUAUGAGUUAUAAUGUGGCCCCCCACGUGUGGCGAGGUCAGCGUGUGUGCGACCGCCUGCGCGUGGAGCUCGACCGCUCGGAGCCCUCCCACGACCUCCUCCUCACGCCCCUCUCCGCGGGCGCCGAACCCUUCCUCUCCUUCGUCGACGAGGACUACGUCACGCCCUCCUACACCGGGAAGCUGUGCGACCCCGAGAGGCGCCUCUGCCACGUCGCCCUCGAUAAGACCUUCGUGAUCACGGCGGAGGAAGACGGAGGGGAGGUCGCGGUUGCCAUCACGGUCAGGACGAUAUGCGGGGUCAAGCCUCUCAUGACAGCCAAGGUCAAGUCAGGUUAUCCCCUGGGUGUCGUGGUUGGCAGCGAGAGAGGAACCGUCCAAGCUGUGUUGAAUGUUACCACAACCGACCACUUGGAUGAAUGUCCUAAAGUGAUGACCUCCAAUACGGCGCCCAUAGUGAUCGGGGUCAUGUUGCUGGUGGUGGCAGUUGGUGUCGUAGGCUUCGUUGUCUAUGGCAGGAAGAAACGUGACCAAGGUGUGCCCGUCCAGAGUGAAGAGGUGGAGAAGCCGCCCCCAGAGAGCGAAAACCUUCAGGAUAAAGAAAUCGUUUAACUUUCAUUGUCUUUCUUGAGGUGCUGAGGUCAUAGCAUCAUGGAAGUUAUGAGUAUUAUGACGUCAUGAAAGUUAUGGUGUCAUUCAGGUUAUCACGUCAAGAAAUUAUGAAGCUGUAAAGGCUAUGAAUUAUAUGACUGUACUAAGGUUGAUGACAUCAUAAAGGAUGCCGUAAUAUGACUUUUAUGUCAUUAACAUUGAGAUAUCCAUCAGUUUGCAGUGUAUAUAUCACUGGUUAUUAUUAUUUAAUUUUACAUUAUCUUAUGCCAUAUGAAUAUUUGUGUUUUUAAGUAUAACAUUGUGAAAAUAAACUUUUUAUAAUAAAUAUUAAAAUAUCU